GUCCUUCCAGUUUCCAAUCUGGAACUGAAGGUAGUGAGGACAGGGGGCACCUGGCCGUGUGGGGAGCGGUGGCCCCAAGUCCCCCUUCCUGACAAAUUGAAGUAGAUAUGAGACUAGAGUUGGGGCAAGGAGUGCCAUCUGCUCAAACACCCUGCACUCCCCACCCAAACACCCACUCUUCUCGGCUCCUCCUAGUUAUGCUCGCUCACAUCCUCCCUGACAGGCCCUGGGGUCACGUCCCCCCUCCCCCACAGCUCCCUCAGGUGCCAGCUGUGCCUGUGAGGAGGUAGGAGAAGGCUGUAUGGUGAUCAAACACUGAGGUUUAAAGGACUUGGGGUUUCUCUUUCCAAGGGAGUGAAGUGUGAAGUGAGACAAGGCGGAUCCUGAGCCUUGUCUCACUUGGUCUUCAGACACUGCUCUGGCCCCAGGGCCAGUCUCAGGGCACCUGCAGCCUUCCCUCCCCACCCCCUUCCUGAGGGGACAGCUUUCCCAGGCCCUCAGCCUCCUGGGACCGCAGUGUCAGACAGGAAGGUCCCUUAGAGAGCACCCGCAUUACAGAGGAGGACACGAGACCCAGAGGCUGCGCGGGCCUUGCUCGGAAUCACGCGGCAAGUUAGUGCUAGAACGCAGCCAGGCUCCGUCCCCCAGCUGGGACCCCAGCCCCUGCUCUUAGGUUUCUGCCAAGAGGCUAGGCAGGGCAGAGAAACAGAAUCCCCAUGGGUUGUCUAGCUCCCUGUGGCAGCUCUCAGAGGGAGCUGGUAGGAGCCCAGAGACUCAAAUAAAAAAGGAGAAGACGCCACAUUCCUCCCAGGACUCGGAAAGUCCACCCAGAGUGGGAAGCGGAUGGAAAGGCUGGCCUUGCCCCUGACUCCACUUCUCAGACUGAUGGGGGGAGGCGGCUGCUGACUUGCUCUUAGUCCCAACCAGGGAAUGAACAGUUCUCCAGAACCCCAGGAUUUAACCAAGUGUACGAGUCAAGUCCUUGCUCAUCUCCAUGCAAGAGGGAGGCCCCUCUGGGAGCUGCAUUAACUCUUUCAGGCCCUCACUCUACCUGGUCGGGAGCACUGUCAACGGGGCCAAGCUCACGGCUCCAUCCUGCAGCGUAUUCAGCACCCUGCUGGCUGGAGCGGGGAACGGGUGGCGUUCAGGGCAGAGCCAGACUCCCAGGCGGCCAUAGGAGGCACUCAGUCUGGAGAAGAGCUCCUCGGUCCUUCUCCAUCUCCGGCCAGACUCUCCCCACAGUGGGUUGAAGCUCCUCUCUUCUGCUCCCCACCUCCACCUGGGUCGCCCACCAUGGGAACCCCCACCAGGAGGAGGCCAUUCCUGCUGCUGCUGGCUGCUGCGGCCCUUUUCUCCUCUCCAGCUUGGAGCUCAGCGCAGACACCCCCGGCCACCUUUGGGCCUGUAUUUGAGGACCAGCCCCUCGGCCUGCUAUUCCCAGAGGAGUCCACAGAGGAGAAGGUGACGCUGGCAUGCCGUGCCCGGGCCAGCCCCCCGGCCACCUACAGGUGGAAGAUGAAUGGCACCGAGAUGAAGCUGGAACCAGGUUCCCGUCACCAGCUGAUGGGGGGCAACCUCGUCAUCAUGAACCCCACCAAGGCACAGGAUGCUGGCAUCUACCAGUGCCUGGCCUCCAACCCAGUGGGCACUGUCGUCAGCAGGGAGGCCAUCCUCCGCUUCGGCUUCCUGCAGGAAUUCUCCAAGGAGGAGCGAGACCCGGUGAAAACUCCUGAAGGCUGGGGGGUGAUGUUGCCCUGUAACCCACCUGCCCACUACCCAGGUUUGUCCUACCGCUGGCUCCUCAACGAGUUCCCCAACUUCAUCCCAACGGACGGGCGUCACUUCGUGUCCCAGACCACAGGGAACCUGUACAUUGCCCGGACCAAUGCCUCAGACCUGGGCAACUACUCCUGCCUGGCCACCAGCCACAUGGACUUCUCCACCAAAAGUGUCUUCAGCAAGUUUGCUCAGCUCAACCUGGCUGCCGAGGAUACCCGGCUCUUUGCACCCAGCAUCAAGGCCCGGUUCCCAGCAGAGACCUAUGCACUGGUGGGGCAGCAGGUCACCCUGGAGUGCUUCGCCUUUGGAAACCCCGUCCCCCGGAUCAAGUGGCGCAAAGUGGACGGCUCCUUGUCCCCUCAGUGGGCCACAGCCGAGCCCACCCUGCAGAUCCCCAGCGUCAGUUUCGAGGACGAGGGCACCUACGAGUGUGAGGCCGAGAACUCCAAGGGCCGUGACACCGUCCAGGGCCGCAUCAUCGUGCAAGCUCAGCCUGAGUGGCUGAAGGUGAUCUCGGACACGGAGGCCGACAUCGGCUCCAACCUACGUUGGGGCUGUGCAGCUGCCGGCAAGCCCCGGCCCACGGUGCGCUGGCUGCGCAACGGGGAGCCUUUGGCCUCCCAGAACCGGGUGGAGGUGUUGGCCGGAGAUCUACGGUUCUCCAAGCUGAGCCUGGAGGACUCAGGCAUGUACCAGUGUGUGGCAGAGAACAAGCAUGGCACCAUCUAUGCCAGCGCUGAGCUGGCUGUGCAAGCACUGCCUCCUGAUUUCAGGCUGAAUCCCGUAAGGCGCCUGAUCCCCGCGGCUCGGGGCGGGGAGAUCGUUAUCCCCUGUCAGCCCCGGGCAGCUCCAAAGGCCGUGGUGCUCUGGAGCAAAGGCACUGAGAUUCUGGUCAACGGCAGCAGGGUGACUGUAACUCCUGAUGGCACAUUGAUCAUAAGAAACAUCAGUCGGUCAGAUGAAGGCAAAUACACCUGCUUUGCUGAGAAUUUCAUGGGCAAAGCCAACAGCACUGGCAUCCUAUCCGUGCGAGAUGCAACCAAGAUCACUCUGGCCCCCUCGAGUGCUGACAUCAACUUGGGUGAUAACCUGACCUUGCAGUGCCAUGCCUCCCACGACCCCACCAUGGACCUCACCUUCACCUGGACCCUGGAUGACUUCCCCAUCGACUUCGACAAGCCCGGGGGACACUACCGGAGGGCCAGUGUGAAAGAGACAGUUGGGGAUUUGACCAUCCUGAAUGCUCAGCUGCGCCACGGUGGAAAGUACAUGUGUGUGGCCCAGACGGUGGUUGACAGUGCUUCCAAGGAGGCCACAGUCCUGGUCCGAGGUCCACCAGGUCCCCCAGGAGGUGUGGUGGUGAGGGACAUUGGCGACACCACUGUCCAGCUCAGCUGGAGCCGUGGCUUCGACAACCACAGCCCCAUUGCCAAGUACACCCUGCAAGCUCGCACGCCUCCUGCAGGAAAGUGGAAGCAGGUUCGGACCAAGCCCGCCAACAUCGAGGGUAACGCCGAGACUGCACAGGUGCUGGGCCUCACACCCUGGAUGGACUAUGAGUUCCGGGUUUCGGCCAGCAACAUCCUGGGCACUGGGGAGCCCAGUGGGCCCUCCAGCAAAAUCCGGACCAAGGAAGCAGCCCCCUCAGUGGCUCCCUCAGGACUCAGCGGAGGAGGUGGAGCCCCUGGAGAACUCAUCAUCACCUGGACACCCGUGUCACGGGAGUACCAGAACGGAGACGGCUUCGGCUACCUGCUGUCCUUCCGCAGGCAGGGCAGCACCCACUGGCAGACUGCCCGGGUGCCCGGCGCCGACGCCCUGCACUUCGUCUACAGCAAUGAGAGCGUCAGGCCCUAUACACCCUUUGAGGUCAAGAUCCGCAGCUACAACCGCCGCGGGGAGGGGCCCGAGAGCCUCACUGCGCUCGUGUACUCGGCCGAGGAAGAGCCCAGGGUGGCCCCCAUCAAGGUUUGGGCCAAGGGUGUCUCAUCCUCAGAGAUGAACGUGACCUGGGAACCAGUGCAGCAGGACACGAGUGGUGUCCUCCUGGGGUACGAGAUCCGCUACUGGAAAGCCGGGGACAAGGAAGCAGCUGCUGACCGAGUGAGGACGGCAGGGCUGGACACCAGUGCCCGAGUCACUGGCCUGCACCCCUAUACCAAGUACCACGUGACCGUGCGGGCCUACAACCGAGCUGGCACCGGGCCUGCCAGCCCCCCUGCCAACACCACGACCAUGAAGCCCCCUCCACGGCAACCUCCCGGCAACAUCUCCUGGACUUUCUCGAGCUCCAGUCUUAGCAUUAAGUGGGACCCGGUGGUCCCUCUCCGAAAUGAGUCUGCAGUCACGGGCUAUAAGAUGCUAUACCAGAAUGACCUGCACCCGACUCCCAUGCUCCACCUCACCAGCAAGAACUGGAUAGAAAUCGCAGUACCUGAAGACUUCGGGCACGCCCUGGUGCAGAUUCGGACCACAGGGCCCGGAGGGGACGGGGUCCCGACAGAAGUCCACAUCGUGAGGAAUGGAGGCACAAGCAUGAUGGUGGAGAACACAGCAGCCUGCCCGACCGCACAUCCUGGCUCCCUCCUCUCCUACUCGGUGGCGAUGCUGCCCGUCAUAGGCUACCUUGAGCUCUGAUCCAGGCCCCCUCCCUCUCCGCCAGAGCUGGACACCCACCGCCGAUGGACACAGCCAGCUGGCCCCACACUGUGCCCAAGAGUGGUUGGUUUUAAACACCUACUUUAAACAGUGCCCUUUUUGUAGGAGGUAGGAUAUUUCAGAUUCUGCCACAGGUCAGAACCCAUGCAAGGAUUUUUUCCUUUAAAUCAAGAGGCAACAGGCAGUAACUUCCAUGAGAGUGCUGAACUCAACACCUGGGCCUUCUAGGGUGCCUGGGUUGAAGGAACGGACCCAUGGGAAGGGGAUUUCUAAACAUGUACCUUUGAAUCAGCAGAGGUGGUACUGUGGGAGCACAUGGGGAUCCUGCCUCUCAAAGCAGAGUCCUGGGCCCGAUGGAAAUGCUGUAUAUGAACAGACUGAAGAAGCUGGACGAAGCAAAACACGCAUUAAUGGGCCUCAGUCUAAGGCAAGGGUGAGCCCCAGCACCAAGGACCCUCCUAUUUGCCCCUCUUGAGGAGUGGCACGGCUGGACCCUGACAUUAUCCUUGAUGACUCCCUGGAGGCCCCUGCCACCUGCCCAGGCUGCUAAGAACCUGUGCCCUCUUGCCUGAGGCCAGGAGCUGAGGCCUUCUCAGCUAUAGAAGGAUGAUACCCCAGACUGCUAGGGUGGUGGUGAAAAACGGUUGAGAGAGGUUGGGAUGCCUGGUGGAAAGGGGCACUAGCCUUGGCCUGAGGCACAGUCACAAUCCAGGUGGUGGCCCUCUCAGCCAACACUGCCAAAUGGACCCUGUCACUCCAAGUGACAGAAGCCACUCCAGGUGGCUGGACAUCUAAAGGGCUCUCUGUCUCAGGGAGGUCCCCAUUCCACCAAGGCAUAUCCUGCACGGCUCCUCUAAGGGCUUGGGCAGCAAGUAGAGGAGGGCCAGGGACAGCCUAUCAUGUUUCUCACCCUCUUCCUUCAGUUCUGCCUGUGGACCUGCGGCAACCUCCCACCACCACCUGCAGGCCAGGGCCUCCACUCUCCCUACUGACCCACUCAAGUCUGGGAGAACAAUGGUGCAUUCUUUGUAUCCUGAAAUGGGAGCCUUCUGAGUAGGCCAGAGGAUAGAUGUAGCCCUCUCUGCUCCCCCCUGGCACUCCCCAGGCUGCCUCAGACUACUCUUUUAACAGGGACCACCCUUUCCAUUUCCCCAGGAAAAAAAGGGGUUAAUAAACGGGACAUGGUAUCUUGAGCUCCAGGUAUAUUACCAGUCACAGUAUGUCAGAGCUAAAAGAGGCCUUAGAGCUCAACUCGCCCAAGCCCCUCACUGCACAGAUGAGGAAACUGAGGUCCAGAGAGGGUUAGGGAGUUCCCAAGGCCACAGAGACUGUCAGCGAUGUGGCUGGGAUAAGAAUUGGAGAUCCCUACCUUCUUGUUCAAGGCUCUUUGCCCAUCUAUCCAGAGGAAGGAGGCAGAAGCUGCUCCGAUUGGGCAGUGCCCAGUGGCUAUGGACUGGUGAAGAAGGUGGUCACAGCAGUGGGGUAUGAAAAUUCUGCCUCAAGGUGUUCGGGUUGGUGAUCUUGGGGAUCCGCAGUGACUGGGUUCCAGGAGAUUCCAGGAGACAUGCUGUCCUUCUCUGCCUCAGUCCAGCCUUGGCUGUGACAUCAAUAUGCAUUGCUGGUUUGAAGAGCCCUGUCCCCUUUACGCCAGCUCCAAAAAGAGGCCAAAGCAAGGACAGGGAUCUCCCAAUCCAGGCAGCAGUGGCAGCAUGGCCAGGAAACCCCAAAGCUGGUGGCCCUUCUCAUGGGGUAGCAGCAGGACAGCAUCUUGUAGGGACUGUGCCCUCUGAGGCUCCCUGAGCCUGUUUUCUGUAGUUUACAGUUAGAGCUCUAUUUUGUUACAGUUUUUUAAACUUUUGGGUCCUGCUCUAUUUUUCUGGGCAGGAUUAUGUUAAUGUUUACCCACUACGAACUUUUAAUAACGUAGGUUGACACCUCUUCUUUCUGCUGCCACCUAUAUCCCUCACUCUUCCAAGCCCAAGACUGCUUCCUUGCAGCCAAUCCCAUCAAAUCCUCCUUUCUUGCUCCCAUCCCCUCACAUGCAAGGUGCUGAGGUUCAGCCAUGUGAUCAUUCUCCCACCAAAGGGACCCCAAACUCAGCCCAGCAUCCCUCCUUGUUCCUCCACUGGCUGGGACUUGGCCUGUGCCCAGCUCUCCAUCAGAAAGGGGCUGGUGGAGGAAAGAUGUGUCCUUCUUCCAAGGUUUAGCCGGUUCUUGCCUCACAGUCUAGGGCUGCAGCAGGGGAGCAAGGUGUCUAGGUGCUGGGCCAAGGGAAAUGAGCUGGUUUAGCAGAGCACCUAACCCUGUACAGCGGGAGGCUGUAGCCCUUAAGCUUGCUUGAAACAAACAAAAAAGCUAACAACUAAGUAUCUUCGUUCUGAUGAGAUCCAAUGGAAAAGGGGAGGAAGGCAGACCUACCGAGAAAUCCAGGAAGGGUGUUUAACUUGGAAAACUAAGCUCCAGGAAAAUCAAACCACUGUGCAGGGAAUUUAUUUGGGGGACACAGAUGUGUACUAAAAGAGAUGACACUCCAAAUGGGAUUUCUGUUCAAUUACUGAUUAAAGUUGAAUCAGGUAAUAGGUGACUUGAGAUAUGCAAGCUUUUAAAACAGAAUAGCUUCUUGUUAGGAUAGCUUGUACAUGAGCUUGCUUGGAGUUAGAAGACGAGAUUAAAUGGCUUUUCCAGAGUCCCUUCCUGCCCAAGGAUCCUCUGAUUUUCUUCUCUGGUCAGAUGGCUCCCUCCUGUUGUGGUCUCUCAUUCUGGAUUCUCUAGCCCUCACACACCAAGCUGCUUUCCCCAGCAAUUGCAGCUAUACCGGAAGAGGUGAGGGGGAAAGCCACAAACAAAUACUUUACCACCCAGCUUAGUGGCCAUGAAGUGCCUUGAGGACUAGGGACAGAGACAGCCUCUUCAGGGCAGGGAGACAAAGCACUCUCCAUUCUGCGCAUAUUUAGGCUCAACCUACAGGGCCCCUUGCCCCUUGCCUUGGCGACUCAGUCCUUAUCACUCUAACAGUCCAGAUGUGCAUCCCUUCUCUCAGGCAGGAGGGCAGCUCUCUCCAGAUUGAGUCUCAGAACCCAACAAGGUCAGGUUACUCUACUUUCAUUCAGGGUAUCAAAUGAUACAGAUGGUUCCAGAGAACAGGAGGGUCGUGGAGAGGUGGUCUUUUUUUUCUCUCCAUAAAGUAACAACUGGAGAGACUGGGUUAGAUAUCAGAAGAAAUUUCUGCCACGAGACCCUGGAAUGAGGAAGAACCUUAUUUCUUUUUUAGGGACCUUGGAGGAAUUUUGAUGGCUGUUGGUCAGGGGUCUAGGUUAAAUGAAGUCGUGACUGGAGGGGUGGGGAGAGGCCCUAAGUAUCCUUCCAGAGCUGAGAUUCUAAGAAUUAAAAUGUGUUCAGCACGGAAAGAGUCUUGGGAGGAGUCUUGGGAGAUCGUAUCUGCUACAGCCCCUGCAUUGUCAGGGAAGUGGCUGGGGGGAAACAGCCACAGAGCGGGAGGGCUUCCCCAGCCAUUCUCAUUACAACCCAGCACAAACUGCCUCUUGGUAAUCCCAACAGCCAGCUAACAUGUCCCUGACUGCAAGAACCCAAGACAGGUUUAAUUCCCUGUAGUCUCUUCCCCAGCUACUACUACAUGUUCCUCAUGUCAGAGGGAUGGCAGUACCUCACAUCUAUGUUCACUGGCUCAGGUGUGAUGCCUCAUUUCCCUGGUCAGACCUAACCUGAGCUUCACCCUGGGCACAAGAGAUUGCCAGAGGCUCCUGGAGUGGCGUGAGAGGGAUUAGAUGGGCAUUUUCCCAGGGAUCUCAAGAAGCUCUGUGGAAACAGGUGCCUGGUGGCUGAGGGGGUGCCCAAUGAACAUGAACAUAUGGUCCUAAGGCUUUGGGAAGGCUGGACAGUAAAAGGAAACCGGAGGGGGAAAAUGAGUCAGAUAACUUUGCCUAGAGUCCCAGAAGGCCUUAGGACAUAAGGCACUUAACAUCCUUGGAUGGGGUCCACCAUGCCUUGGCCCCCAGACUCCUCCAGCUUUCCCAUCCUAUCUAGGACCCACAUUGCUCAGAGAAGCUCACAGCUGGGCAAGAGCUAGGGCAUCAUCAGACCACUGACUUGACUCAAUUUUUGUUAAAAUGGAUCCUCUCACACUGACGUAGUUUGUCUCUUGUACCUCUUGUAAUGGUAGUUAUUUAUUGACUCUUGUAGCAGGCAGUUCUUAAAUAAAGAUGGAUUUUCAACCCGUUGAA